AUGGAUUCUUUUGCAAAUUUAUUGAGAGAGCCAUUUCAAUUUUUUACAACUAUACUUCUUAGUCUUCUUUUUCCUCUUUCUUUUCUUAUACUUUCUAGGCUAUCAGUUGCACAUUAUCUUAUUGACCUUGUAGGUUAUUCCACAACACAAAUUGCAAAUAAUUCUGAUCUACUAAUCAAAUUUUUCCUUGAAGCCAAUCCUAUUUUUCUACAUCUUAUUGUUUCUAUUAUCAGCGUUGCUGCACUUGCUCAUACCUUAACGGGUGGUGGUACCUCAUGCUUUAUUAAGCAUACCCUAGAGCCCGUCUCGAGACCGCAACUAUACACCGCGUGGAUUUUCCUUUGCAUAUUGCAAAUUUGCGUUGGUUUAGGCAUCGAAGGUAGUAUAGCUGCUGGAGUAGAUGCAUAUGAAAUUGGUCAUGAAAGGGGAUUCUUGACAAGAGCUAUAUUUUUCUUGGGCCUAAAUGAGACAAUGUUCUUUUGGUCCAAUAUAAUUGUGAAGCCAGUGGUGGAUGACACAGUUUUUGGCAUUUCAAGGGAGAAUAGAUGGGCUGAAAAGGCAGCAUUGGCAAUGAGUUUUGGUGGACUUUGGUGGUGGAGAUUGAGAGAUGAAGUUGAGUCUUUAGUGGUUGUGGUUGAGAAAAAAAGAGACUUAUUGAUUAUUAUUGGAUUGGCUGAUUUUGUUGGUUGGUGGUUGUAUUAUUUAACUGUUACAAUUGGUAUGAUCAAAAUUGUUAAAAGUCUUGUUUGGGUUGUUUAUGUAAUGUUUGGUAGAAGAGUUGUUGAUAUUGACAAUAAUGUUGGUGACUCUAGGAACAAUGAUGAGAAGGUCUGAAUUUGGACAUAUUCUUUUCUUUCUUUUUUCUCUUGUAUUUUCCUUUUUGUGUAAUUUUUACUUUUGAUAGAGUUAUUGAGUAAUACCCGAUGUUUAUACCAAAUCACAUCAACUUAAUGUGGUUAUAUGAUGAAUUGAUGUGAGAAACACACACUAUUUCACCGAUGAUUCAGUGAGAACACGUCAUGUGUUUAUUUGUUCGAUGUAAAUAUGAUUCAUAUGAGUCCAUUCAAAGCGAAGAAAUCAAAGUGCUGCUAUAGUCUGCGAUAACGAUGUAAUGAGAUUAAUUGUUGUUUUGCGAUUAAUAUUUUCCUUUCCAUCCAAACAUGUCACUAAUUACGCUCUAUUCCGUUUCAGAUUGUAAUUAUUCAACUUGUCCACAUUCAUAUAUAUGUGAUUGAAG